AUGAUCAAGCCCGACGGCGUCCAGCGCGGCUACAUGGGCGAGAUCAUCUCCAGGUUCGAGAAGAAGGGCAUGGUCUGCAAGGGCCUCAAGACGUUCAUGACCCCGCGCGAAGUCGCCGAGGAACACUACAAGGACCUCUCCUCCAAGCCCUUCUUCGGAGACCUCUGCGACUACAUUUGCAGCGGCCCCGUCGUGUGCAUGGUCUGGGAGGGACCCGGCGUCGUCAAGUCCGCGAGGCUGAUGAUCGGCGCGACCAACCCGCUCGAGUCCGCGCCCGGGACCAUCCGCGGGGAUCUCGCCGUCGAGGUUGGCCGCAAUGUCAUCCACGGAUCCGACUCGGUGGAGAGCGCGGAGCGGGAGAUCGCGCUGUGGUUCGGCGGCGACGACGAGCUCCUGGACUACGAGAUGUGCAUCAAGCCCUGGGUGCGCGAGGAGUAA